AUGAGUGACCAUGAAGAACAAGAAGAAGAAGAAAAAAUCCCUCCUAAACUCCUAACUCCAGAAAUAAUCAAAAAAGGCUUAUCACAGAUUAGCUCUACCUUUGACGGCUCAUCUUUUGCAUUUUCAAAACUCGAUAUCGAAAACAACGAGCUUGAUUUGACAUGUGAAGAAUUAGGAAACUAUGAAAACUUACGAUACGCCAAAUUAUCAAAAAAUAAAUUUACCAGCAUCUCACCUUUAGAAAAACUCCCAUAUAUAGUAAGACUAGAGCUUCAAGAAAAUAAAAUUUCUUCCCUAGCUGAAUUCAAUGUGGAUCAUACUUUUCGAUUCCUCCAAAUCCUCGAUUUAAGCAGCAACGCACUUACAGCUUUAACACCUAUAAAACUCCCAAUGCUUACUAGGCUAAACUUAAGCAGAAACGAAAUCGCAACAGCUGCAGCUUUUGAAGGACAUAGAAAUCUAAAAGUUUUAGAAUUAAGAGGCAACAAGCUUACAAAUCUAGCAGGAAUCAACCAUUUAAACUCUUUAGAAGAACUCUACCUCGCUGAAAACGCUAUUACUUCAUUAGAAGGCCUUGGAGACUUGCAGAAACUCAAAAAACUUCAUUUAAGGAAAAACAACAUCCAAGUCCUUGAAGAAGAAAAACUUCCAAAUUUGCCUAAAUUAGAGUAUUUAAAUAUAAGGGAAAAUGAAAUCGUAGACCCUCCAAAGCUCACAAGCUUAUCAAAAUUUUCCAAACUGCAAAAGCUGAAUUUAAUUGAUUGUCCUUUAAAUAAAGACCCAAGUGGCGAAGCUAAAAGAGAAAUUUUAAUAUUUGUGCCUCAUAUAAAAAAUAUAAAUAAAGAAGAUGUAACAGAAGAAGAAAGAACUGAAGCCAAAGCUGAUAAAGAAGAAAGAGACAGGAUUGCAGAAGAAGCAAGAAUUGAAGCAGAGAGAAUCGAAAAAGAAGCAAAAGAAGAACAAGCGAGACAAGAAGCUUUAGAAAGAGAAGAAAGGGAAGAAAGAGAACGCCAAGAAGCCUUAGAAAGAGAAGAAAAAGAAAAGCAAGAGUCUCCAGAAGAAUAA